AUAAUAUAUAUUCAGUUUAUAGCAUCAAGUUGCAGCAAAGGACAGGCUUUGGGGAACUUGUUCGCGUACCAAGUUUUGAAUCAGGUCAGCUGACCGUAUCAAAAAGUGAUCACCAAGGAAUUCCUCCAAGAUAACAAACACACGGUGGAACGAGACUAAAAUAUACUCGUGAGACUGGUGUGCAGUGGGGAGCCAAAAUAGCUUUAAGAAAAUACCGUCACAAUCCAAAAAUAUUAAUUUUUGUUUGUGUGAAUUGUUUGCCAUUUCGUCAUAAUGGAUUAUGUCUUUGGAUUAUCAAUGGUGCUGGCGUUAAUGAUAAGAGAUGUGAUUCCGUGCAAUAUUCAAGGAGUAACCCAGUGCGCGCAAAGUACUGACUAUUCAACUCUGAGCGAUCCUCAAAAAUCAUGUUUGGAAUGGAAGAAGUUUGAGGAAUGUGUCUCACCCUUUUCUGACGCAUGCGCCGAGAAUCCAACUUAUGUCGGCUUUUACAACAAUAUGAAGAUAUUGAAAUCAAAUUGUGGGGGUUCUAGUGGUGCUUCUUGUGACGUCAUGGGGCUUCAAAAAUGCAUGAGUGUUGUAGAAUCAUCACAGAAUGAAAACAGUGGCCUGGAGGAAACUUGCAAGGUUUUACCAGCGUUUCUACAAUGUGUUGAUCCAUUGAGAAAGGCAUGCGACGACGGUGACCAACUUUACAAUAAUAUAAAGGGUAGCAUAGCUGACUUUGAGAGGAAGUGUGCAGGAGUGUCUUCAGAAUGUAACAUAGUAGAAGUGUCCAAAUGUUUUACAUCGUUUAAAAUGCCAGAAAAUACGCAAUCGAUGUCACCGCAAGACAAACAGACCAUGUGCGCAUCAAUUCAAGCUGUGAAAAGCUGUAUUGAGCCAUACAAGAGCGCUUGUGCUGCAAAUCCGUCUUUUACGACGAUGAUGAGUAGUAUGACUCAGGCUGCUAUGCUUUGCGGAGAUUCUGGUUGCAAUUUAAUGAAAUGCUACUCAGAUGCUGGGAUUGUAAUGGAUAGUACUGGAGGAAAAUCACCAAAUAUCAGCUGUGAUGGUUAUAUGUCAUUGAAAACAUGUGUAGAAAGCCAGGCAUCGGCCUGUCAGCAGAGUCCAGUUUACUCAAAUGUUCAGGAAUCUCUUGAGAAAGCAGGAGUAAUGUGUGGCUCUCCAGGUAAAAUAAUGAAUAAGAAAAUUCUUGCAUGUUGUUUAAGACAG